AAUGUCAUUCUAGAGAGCAAAUAUGGCUCUCCCGGAUUCGUUAAUGAUGGUUUAACAGUGGCUAAGGAGCUUGAGUUGGAAGACCUAGUUGGGAACAUUGGGGCUAAGUUAGUAAGACAAGUAGCUACUAAAACUAAUGACUUGGCUGGUGAUGGAACGACAACUUCCGUUGUUCUUGAGCAAGGUUUGAUUAUUGAAAGUGUUAAAGUGGUGGCAGUCAGUGCAAAUCCUGUCUUAAUCACUAGAGGCAUUGAGAAAACCACAAGGGCUUUAGUAUCUGAGCUUAAGGCUAUUUCAAAACAGUAUUCAAACUACACUCAAGAUUCAAGUGGGGCUUAUGCUACUAGUAAUGCAGGUGCAAAUUCUUUGUAUUAUCAGCAACAUUACAAGAAAUGGGCUAAUUAUUACAAUAAAACGGAAGUUAGUUGUGCCCCUGGAACAGAAAAUUUGCCUGUUGCUAGUACAUCCACUCAACUACCUUAG